AUGGCUUUUCGAUUUAAUUUUUCCAUUGAUGAAAUUGAGCACAGCGAAGCAGCCACUCCCGACGAGGUGGACGCGCAGCGGUGCACUCUGAAACGCAAGCAGGAAUCCACAGAAAAGAGCAAGCAAACUGCUGGGACCGUAGCGGACUCCAGCCCAAGGCUGGGUGCUGGUGAGGGACGAGACGAGACACCACCAGAGAAAAAGUUCUGCUUUAAAGCUGCCAAGGAGCACAAGAUACCUGAAGAUCUCAACAAAGUAUUGGAAAAUAAAGUCCUGGAAACAUUAUCAGGCCUGUAUUACGUAAAUAUGUCCGUAGUGGAAAUGAUGUGCGUGCAUGGUGCCGAUGCCGAAGGCAUUGUGUCUAAAAGUGUUUCUUCUCGCUCCGAUCUCAUCCCAGGAGUCUACGAGGGAGGACUGAAAAUCUGGGAGUGCACCUUUGAUCUCAUAGAUUACUUCUCCGAGGCUGAAAUACACUUUGCCAACAAGACAGUAUUGGAUCUUGGCUGCGGGGCUGGACUGCUGGGAAUAGUUGCGUUAAGGGGAAAAGCUGAAAAAGUCCAUUUUCAGGACUACAACAGCACAGUGAUUGAUGAAAUAACCUUGCCCAAUGUGGUGGCUAACUGUAUAAAUGAAGGCAGUAGGAUGGGCAGUGGAGACCACAGAAAAACUAGCAAGCCUCCUUUGAAGAGGCCCAAGAAAGCAGAGUGCUCACCUGAUGCGCUCACCAAAUGCAGAUUUUUUUCUGGAGAAUGGUCUAAAGUCAGUGAGCUCCUGUUAAGCAGCAACGAACCCUUUUUGAAGUACGAUAUAAUUCUCACAUCCGAGACCAUCUAUAAUCCUGACUACUACAGUGCUUUGCACGAUACACUGGCUCAGCUCCUGGAUAAAAACGGCCGUGUGUAUUUGGCAAGCAAAGUGCUUUAUUUUGGGGUUGGCGGUGGUAUCUACCUCUUUGAGAAAUUCAUUGAGGAGAAGAAUGUGUUUAGGAGCAGCAUCGUUAAAACAAUCGAUAAGGGACUGCAGCGAUGUAUUAUGGAAAUUGCCUUUAAAGAUUCCAGUUAAAAUUCAACCACUGGUC